UGUGAAACCGAACCGUUUAUCGUGGAUCAUGUUUGCAUAGUUGCUCAAGCGUUCCAAACUCUCUAAAGAGGCGGAGUUUUCCCACACUUUGAAACCUACUCUUGGUAAUCUCCGCGGCACGUGGCUGGCUGUCCUGCACAAACGAAACAACUUUGAUUGACAUAACGAUACACCUUGUGCCUCAACCACCUGCAGUCAACCAAUAAAAUUCCAAUAGGCACGAGACCAUAACCUUUCACCUCGACACGGUGUGUUCUGAUUGGAUAAGAGUUAUGGAUUUUCACCGUGGGAAAGGUUCGAUACAUUCCAACACAGAUGACACCAGACACAUGCCCCGGAGUAUAAAACGCUCGUGUCAACCGCAAUUCCGAUACACUUUUAAAUCAGAACUCAAAGGGAGCACAGUGAAUGCAAAAACAAAAUCUGUAAAACGAAGUGAUUAAAAAUGUCGGUCGACACGAUGGAUAAUGUUAUGUCUAAGGAACACAAAACUUCUCUGAGAAAGAGCAAUAAGCCUAUCAUGGAGAAAAGAAGACGGGCUCGAAUUAAUAACUGCUUAGCUCAACUGAAAUCUCUGGUCCUCGAAUCAAUGAGAAAAGACAGCUCUCAGUAUUCCAAACUUGAGAAAGCUGAUAUCCUCGAGAUGACGGUGAAGCAUCUUCGCAACUUGCAAAGGAACCAGUUAGCGUCAGCCAUAGCUUCCGACCCUACAGUGGUUACAAAGUUCCGAGCGGGAUUCCAUGAGUGCGCCAAUGAAGUUGUUCGUUACUUAGGAACCGUGCAAAACGUGGGUCCAGAUGUAAAAUCACGACUGGUCUCUCAUCUCUCCACCUGUCUGCAAACGCAGAACAAUCCAGCUUCUUCCGACAAUGUCCACACACCACAUCCGUCCCGUCAGCCUCGCGUGACGUCACCUCGACCUCAAAGCGUGAACAUCCUACAGCCAUUAAGUGUUCAUAUUCCACAAAACGCCAAUACAGCACCCCAACAACAAUCUUCUGAAUUUUCUUACAACCGCCAAACUUCACCCCAAUCUCAAAAUCCCUCUCCACAGUUACUGAACAUUGCUAGCCCAGUGUUAUCAACAGAAUGCAAUAACAAUUCUCCAGUCAAAUCUGCCCAACUAUCUGGACAGUUUCAAAUUAUUCCUAGCAAUUUGUAUAACGGUCCCGUUGCCGUUUAUGUCGGACAAAUUAACCAAAGGCAGUGUAUGACCUCGCCAGACUCCUUGCCUGUGUUCACGUUACAAGUUCCCGUCAACAACACUUCUCCUUCUUUUCCAGUUAGCAGUCCCUCAAAUGAAUAUAUGUCACAGAAAUCCAAACCCAUUGCUCAACCACACAGAAGUGCCUUUGUGGAGUGCAAGCAGGGUGGUCCUGAAGCUUCUGAUAGUCUCUGGAGGCCAUGGUGACCAGCUUAAACGACCAAAUGCUUCUCAGGACUUCAGUUAUAGAUGACAUUUUGUGAUAGAAAUGCGCGCUUCCAGGACUUUGUUACACGUUAUUUCAAAAGUGCUAUUGAAUGUUUUAUAUGGUAUUGUUACCGAUUCUAUAUUAAAAGAAUCACUUUAUACAUGUAUGACUAUUAAAAUUGUUAAAAACUUUA